AUGGAUGUUGAGAUCAUAGACGAGGCCGAGCUACACCAAACCAGAUACACGGGAAAGAAACCGACAUAUUAUCCUAUCGACGACGCCCACCCAUUUGAUCUCGAUGGUCUUGUUUCCAGCUAUUCAGGUCGUUCACUUGUCGACCGUCUCGUGCCCGUCAUCUCGUCAUGUCCUACUCUGACAGGACAAGCACUGCAGCUUGCAUUACAAGAGAUUUUGCAAAUGCGCGACCCCAACCUCUAUCGCGCCGUUUUGGCUGCCUAUGAGCAAGCCGCCACAGCCUCUAAAGGGCAGCUGCCCCCUAGUAGCGACGUAGCUCCCACAGAUCAGAAAUGGAUAGAUGAAACAAAUCAGAAGAAUCAAGCGGAUCGUACCAAGCUUGAGGUCGAGUUGAAGACGUACACAAGCAAUAUGAUUAAGGAGAGCAUCAGGAUGGCCCAUAGAGACCUAGGGGACUUCUUCCGUUCGAUAGGCGAUCAUGCUAACUCGCUCAAGCAUCACACAAAGUCUCGUGAGUUCUGCACAACUAGUCAACACGUCCUCGAUAUGUGUCUUUCCGUACUCGAGCUCUUGGUUGAGCAUCGCAACUACCCCCACAUCGCCACAUACGUCUUCAAAGCCGAAGCGGCAUUGGACGCUACUGCCAGUGCAGCGCGUAUGAGUGCGAAUGCCGCGGCGCCCACUGCACCCCCUGCGGCUGCCGCAGCAAACAAAGAAAAGAUGGCGGCAGACCGUGAAAAGGUACAAAGCAAGCUUGAUGUCGCACUUGCGCUGUCCCAUCUGGGUCAAACCCAGUAUGAGAAGGCAGCGACAGCUUUUAUCAAAGUUGGCUCGAUCAAAAGCCUUGGCGAAUGGAUCGGAAAGAUGAUUGCUCCCGCAGAUAUUGCCGUCUAUGCAACGCUAUGUGCGCUAGCUACAUUCACCCGCCCUGCAAUUCGCGCUCAAGUCUUGGACAACGACGGAUUUGGCGCAUACAUUGAACAAGAACCAUACGUGCGCGAACUACUGGAGGCGUACAUGGGCAAUCGCUUUAAGGAUGUACUAGCAUUACUCGACAAAUAUUCAACACGGCACAGCCUCGACAUCCAUCUUGCAUCGCACAUGAGCAUCCUCACAAACUUGAUCCGUAGCCGCGCGUUAGUGCUCUAUUUCCAGCCAUUUGCAUCUAUCAAGCUCGAACGCAUGAGUGUCGCGUUCGGUUGGUCAAUCGAGGAGCUAGAGCAACAUGUUGUUAACCUGAUUCAAGGAGGGGAGAUCCAGGCAAGAGUGGAUCGACAAAAUAAGAUACUAAAGGCAAAAGAAACAGACCAACGCGCGGUAUUGUUCUCUCGCGCCAUCAAAUCUGGGGAGCAGAUGCAGGCUGCGAACCGCAAACUACUGCUCCGAAUGCGAUUGUACGUUACAAUACCUAAUCCACCUAGACAACAAGCUGAUCUUGUGGUCAAGGCCCCUAAGGGCCAACACCAACAGCAGCAUCUGGGCAUUAUGUCCAUGCCUCCAAUGACCGGGGACUUUUAUAUGGACAUGGGGAUAGGAUACUAG